AUGCUACGCCCAAGAGAGAUUCUGACACACACAGUCCCAGCGGAUAUCCAUGUAUCAGACUGGGGACUCAAUUGGUAUUGGGCAGUAACUGCCAUCUUUACCGUCGCUACACUGGCCUUUCUUAUUGCAGGGAUACUCACCCAAAGAAAAUCGACACGCACAUUAUACUACCUCUCCGCAUUGUCCUCAUAUGCAGGCUGUCUUGCCUAUUUUGCCAUGGGGGCUGAUUUAGGCUGGGUAGCGGUCCAAGUGGAGUUUCCCCAAGGAGCAGAAACAAGGGUUGGCACACCGACACGACAGGUCUAUUGGGUUCGCUACAUUCUGUGGACUGUAUCAGCCCCACUGGCGAUGAUUGAACUCUGUCUCCUCACCGGGGCCUCGUUCCGACUCAUUCUCUUGGAGGCCGUGAUAUCUUUUUCAGCUAUUGUGACGACGUUGAUAAGUGCUUUGAUUCCGUCCUCGUAUAAAUGGGCUUAUUUCGGCUAUGGCGCUCUCCCCUGGGCUGGCAUUACGUAUCUAGCAAUCGUAACUGGAUACAAAAACGUUUCAGCCAAACAUGUCACCAGACGCAGUCGCUACAUGGUGUGUGCCUUGUUCUGCAUGGCGACGUGGCUGAUGUAUGGAGUGGUCUGGUGUAUUAGUGAAGGGGCCAAUAUACUCUCACCUAGUGUGGAGGGCGUUUUGUACGGGAUUGCCGAUGUGAUGGGAUUGGCGUAUUUCGGCCUCGUGUUGUGGGCUGCGCAGGUGUAGAGGUGAUUACUUGCGGUGUGCGGAUGGAAAGUGUAUCUGGCGUUGAUGUUGUGCCAUGUGCGGAUAUUAAAGUCGUAGUUAGGUCUCCGAGACAUGUUUGAGUAUAGUUCAACAUACAAGAUAUUGCAG